AAAACACUUUCUAAAUAAAACAACCAUAAGGCGCUUCUCUUCGUCUUCUUUCUCUUAAUCGAUCUUUCAAUCAGCUAGAAUCUCUGGACGACGUAGUUUCGUGGUAUAAAUAUUGGGUUUUUUACUUCAAAGCUCAGCUCAUUUCAGUUUAACACGGUUCGAUCUGCUGUGAGUGGCGAGUUUCGGUCAAUUACGUUGAAAAUGGAGUUGCUUUGGUUAAUUGCUGAGAAAUUUGAAGAGGUUGGUGGUGUAUGAAAUGAUUAAUUAGAGUUUCGUGUUUCAGCUCAUGUGGGGUGUUUGUCAAAUUGGGUUGUGGAAUUAGGGUUUCUGGAGGAUAUGAGUAGGGAAUUGUGUUGUAUAUGAAGUUAGGGUUGUGGGUGUGUUGUUAAUUUGGUGGGAUUUUUGGGUUUUGGUGUUUUUGGAAUUGGAGUUGAAAUUUAGGACUUAUUUGGGAGUUCAAUUUAUGUGAUGAAUGUCUAGUGCUUAUCUUUGGUUUUUCAGCCAUUGAAGCUUAAAGGUCAGUGUUUGCAGUAGAAUUUGGUGCUUUCUUAAUUUGAAGUGAAACAGUGUUUUUAGCUGGAAGUUUUCCAUUUUCGGUUUAUAAUUUGUAAGAAAAAGUUGUUCUUUGGUGUAUGAAAGCUAGGGUUUUUCUUUUUUUUUUGAGUUUGGGGUGAGAAAUGUUUUAUUCACAGUUUAUUUUGGCUAAGAAAGGGCCUUUAGGGACUAUAUGGAUAGCUGCUCAUUUGGAGAGGAAGCUUCGAAAGAAUCAGGUGGCUGAUACUGAUAUUGGACUGUCAGUAGACUCAAUUCUUUUUCCUGAAGUACCAAUUGCACUUAGGUUGUCCAGCCAUCUUUUGCUUGGCGUGGUGAGGAUAUAUUCUAGAAAGGUGAAUUACCUUUUCGAUGAUUGCAGUGAGGCUUUGCUUAAGAUAAAGCAAGCUUUUCGCUCAACUGCAGUUGAUUUACCCCCAGAGGAAUCAACUGCACCAUAUCACUCUAUCACCUUGCCAGAGACUUUUGAUCUUGAUGAUUUUGAGUUGCCAGAUAAUGAUAUUUUUCAAGGUAACUAUGUUGAUCAUCACGUCAGUACAAGGGAUCAAAUCACUCUCCAAGAUACCAUGGAUGGUGUGGUUUACUCCACAUCUCAGUUUGGAUUGGAUGAGCGGUUUGGUGAUGGUGAUGCAUGUCAGAUUGGUUUGGACCUUGAUGAGGAGCUGUUAAAGGUUACUGCUGCAGGGCAUGGUGACAUUUCAAAUGCUGAUCCUCAGGGGUCUGUCAAACCACUGACACCUUGGGAGCAUGAUAGUAUUAGUGAGCAGAAAAAUGAAACGUCAGAAGCCAUGACAUUGAAUGACAAUGCAAAUCAGCUUGAAAGACUCGGUGUCUAUACCGAAUCUGUUGAAUAUGCUGAAGCACCAUCUACUCCAGGGUUGGUACAAGAGCCAAAUUUGUUCUGUGUGCAGGAGGCUCCGGCCUGUGAUGAUCAUUUUGAGUCAGAAGAUCGCAAUUCCAAUGAGCUAGUGGCUGCGGGGAGUGGCCACCAUGUCAGAGAUCUGGAAGUCAAACAUGUGAAGCCUCUUGGUGACUCUGUCAAUUCAAUGACUAUGGUAUCAGACUAUUCAGAGGGGACCAUUGGUGCGCUAGAUGGUUCAGAUAGAUUGGAAAACAUGAAAAAUGCUGGUGUAAACAAGAAUGUUCCAAAUAUAAUGUCUGUAGAACAAGGAAUUAGGUCAGAUGAAACUGCUGCAUCUCCUAGUUGCUCUCAUGUCACCUCUGAUGCACAGGAACAGAAUCAUAGAACUUAUCCAGAUAGCACCAAUGAGCCUGUGUCUGAAGGCUGUUUGAUGGAUGGCCAUCCUGUAGAGAUGCCAUCCAAUGUGUUGAAGCCAUGCAGCUUAUACUUGAGUCAACCUGAUAUGUCUUCUGCUGGAAAUGGACAUGAUAAUGCAAUUGCUACAACCUUACAAUCUGAGGAUGUUGAGCCAUUCUCAUCAGAGAUAUCCGGAAGGGAUGAGGCUCGUGUUGAGGGGCGAGGUGAAGAGUGCCAUGUGUCAGACAUUCUGCAAUCAAAGAAAAAUCAGAUAUCAGGGCCAUCGGUAUGUGGAGAAUUACUUGCAGAUAACAAGAAAUCAGAUGAGCUUUUGGACAAUGUGAUUUUUAAUGAUCAUUUAGAAAAUCUUAAUAAUUCCACAAUAUCAGAAUUGCCUGAACCGGAAAAGCUACUCUCUGUACCAGAGGGGCUUCUUGAUAUACCAAAUGAUUUGCUAGUUGCUUCUACACCAGAGAAAGAAGCUUUAGCAGGGAGUGAUGGAGUUGAGGCUAGAAACGAAUUUGUUUCAGGGAAAAAACGUAGUCACACAGAAAGUACACUGACUUUUGAGAGUUUAAACUCAUCUGAAUCCUUUGGGGUGGCCAGAUCUAAGAAAACUUCAGAGUCAAUCCCUGACGAUGAUGAUCUGUUAUCAUCUAUAUUAGUUGGAAGAAAAUCUUCAGUUUUAAAAUUGAAGCCCACUCCACCUCCCCCUGAAGUAGCAUCAAGAAAAAGAAUCCGUUCUGCACCUCAAAGUAGUGCUUUGAAGAGAAAGGUGUUUAUGGAUGACACCAUGGUCUUGCAUGGCGAUAUAAUACGCCAACAAUUGACAAAUACUGAAGACAUACGCCGGAUUCGGAAAAAAGCUCCUUGCACUUGUUCUGAAAUUUUGAUGAUUCAGAUACAGUUCUUAGAGGAUCAAAUAUUCAGUGAACCCGUUUUUGCUGGUAUGUCAGCACGACUGAUGAGUUUGCACUGUGAAACACCUGAUCUAAGCAGAAUCAGGGUUUCCGAAACUGAUGAAAAUCAUGGUUCUUCUGAACCAGCAAACGAUGUGGAGCGCUCCUAUAGGUUUAAUGUUGAAGGCAGUGGAGAGGAGGGGAGCAAAGGUCCCGAGCUUCAUGUUGAAGCACAGCAUGCUGGGAACCCCAUCAGUGACCACUUCUUAGGAUCGCAUGAUGGUGACGCUCAAGGGGAUGCAAAUGCCACAAAUGCUAUUACUGAUCCACCUGAGCUUGAAAGAAUGCAAAAUAAACCCUUGGCUGAGGUAACUGAAAUGGACAUUGACAUCACUAAUUUUGAAGUUGCUGAGACAGCUAAUUGCGCUGCAGACACUGAUGGUCCUGUAGAAAUUCAAAGCAUGCCCGGUGAAGGUACAACUGAUGGUGCAGAUGCUUCUCUGCAGAUGGAUGCUUUGGGUCUUACACCUGGGCAGAAAUUGGAUUUUCAGUCUGUUGAAGACGAUGCUACUUUGGAUACAAGCAAUGGAAAAGUAGUUGAUGCUGCUGAAGGAGAAGAUCCUGUUGCAAUUGGUGGUGAAUUGAUAGCCAGGGAUGAACUUCCUUUGGGGGAAGGUAAAGUUGGUGUGUCUGUUGAAAACCAGGCUGAUAGCCUGAUAGAUUGUACUGCAAAUGGUGUUCUGAAUGAAGAUGGGUUCCUGUCUGCGGACUUGGGUUGUGAUAGCUUUGACCCAAAGUCUGACUCUGUGUAUCGUGAAGAAUCUACACUAUAUUCUACAAAUUUAGAUAAACAUGAUACUGAUUUGAAAGAUACCUCGAUGAAUGAUGGAGAAAACCCAAUCUUUCCUGACACUGACCAUCCUGCUGCUGAAGAUCGUGGUGAACUUGAAGAUAUCCCGUUUGGGCAUGAUACAGAAUUUCUGAAUGUAGAUGAUGAUGAAGUAGCUGAAGAUUGUGACGAGGGUGAUGGGCAUCCUGAAGAUCCUCGCCUUCUUGAGAAUAGUGGAUGGUCUUCCCGCACGAGGGCUGUUGCUAAGUACUUGCAAACUCUAUUUGAGAAGGAACCUGUACAUGGUAGAAAGGUUCUUGCCUUGGACAACUUAUUAGCUGGUAAAACUCGUAAGGAAGCAUCGAGAAUGUUCUUUGAAACACUGGUUCUGAAAACAAAGGACUACAUCCAGGUAGAGCAGCCCAAGUCCUUGGAGAACAUUAAUAUACAGCCACGAGCGAAGCUCAUAAAAUCAGACUUCUGAUACCUCACAUAGGAAAAGCAGAUACUCUUGGAAAGAUUUAUGUAGUUGUAGUUCGGUUGGUGCUUCAUCCUGGUUGGGGAUUAUUUCUUCACUGGAUUUUUACACCUUUUCCCCUUAUUGCUCUAAAUUAUGCCCUUAUUUAGUUGAUGUAAUUGGUAGGUUAACAGCAAGAUCAGGUGCCACAGGUCAUACUGUUGAUUGUAGCCAAAAUGUUGUAAUGGAUUAUAAAUUAUAUUGUAUAUAUCUGUAUUAUAUUAGCAGUUUCAAUAGAAGAUGUUUAUUAUUUGUU